GUUGCGGCGCAGAACUGGGCCUGAAUAGGCGGCUGAGAGUCUCAAACUGAACGGAAUUGGAGAAACCUGGAUACUAACAACUUUAUUUUCUUGUUUAGAACCUUUUAAUAGUCGAAACAACAAGUUUAAACCCCACAUUAGGCCCAGUGGAACCGGCAGCAUGUCUGCAGCAGGAGAUUUCGGCAACCCGCUCCGCAAAUUCAAGCUAGUUUUUCUGGGAGAGCAGAGCGUGGGAAAGACGUCGUUGAUUACCAGAUUCAUGUAUGACAGUUUUGAUAACACCUACCAGGCCACGAUAGGAAUUGAUUUCUUGUCGAAAACCAUGUAUCUUGAGGACAGAACAAUCAGGCUGCAGCUUUGGGACACAGCAGGACAGGAGCGUUUCCGUAGCCUCAUUCCCAGUUACAUCCGAGACUCAGCCGCUGCUGUUGUAGUUUACGACAUCACAAAUGUCAACUCAUUCCAGCAGACCACCAAAUGGAUCGAUGACGUCCGAACGGAAAGGGGAAGUGAUGUCAUCAUCAUGCUAGUGGGAAACAAAACAGAUCUUGCAGAUAAAAGGCAAGUGUCUAUUGAGGAAGGAGAAAGGAAAGCCAAAGAACUGAAUGUAAUGUUUAUUGAAACUAGUGCUAAAGCCGGAUACAACGUCAAGCAGCUUUUCCGCCGUGUAGCAGCAGCCCUUCCUGGUAUGGAGAGCACACAAGACAAGAGCAGAGAGGACAUGAUCGACAUAAAAUUGGAAAAGCCGCCAGAGCAGCCGGUCAGCGAAGGCGGUUGUUCAUGCUGAGGCUUCAGUCGCCAUUUCUGUGCCGUGUCUCUUACUGUCACUCUUUCAGACGCUCUUUAUUCGCACUCACAGCAUCUCUCUGGAUAAUCUGCAGAAGCUCCGCCCACCCUGAGGGAGCACAACACUACCUGCCAAUCACCCUCAAUACCGCUGACCCAAUCAGAUGACUUUAAAUCCGAAAAGCACAACGUUGGAUGUGUUUGCCGUAGCUUUUCUAUUAAUCAUUUCCGUUAGUCGUACACCUUUUGUGGUGUUUUUUUUUUUGGCUCAAGAACACUUUAUAAAGUGUUGUUUUUGUCCUUGUUUCCUUUUCUGUGAGUUAAUUCUUAUAUUACUGUAAUUAUGGCAUGAAUAGGAACAAUUUGAGAAAUAAAUGAAUAUACAGAACGAAUAUGAGAAGGAUAUCCGGAUCUGAAUGUGCUAGGACUCGGAGCUGAACGUCGCUUUGGAUUCAUGGUGCGGAGAUGGACGAAAUGUUUACAGAGUGUGUUUUUGGGAAUAUCCAAGUCUAUUUCAUCACGCGGCGUUACAUCUUUAACGCUGCUGAUGUUUCUUCAAGAAAGGAAAAUGUAAAAAACAAACCAUUUGGGAGGAAUAAAUGCUGCUUUUAGCUCAGUCGCUACUCAAGCAUUGCAUUUUUUUUUCUUAGAUGCCCUAUUAUGAGCAUUAGGAGAGUCGAUAGCUUAGCCACAGAGAAAUACCGUUAUUGUAAAGAAAUAUUAUGUAUAUUAAGGGAAGUAUCAGAUUCGAUUUAACUGAUGAUAUGCAGGCAUUGCCUUUAAUGGUUUGAUUUAUUGGGCUUCCAUUUGUUUGUUUUUUAUUAGCGUUGUAAAGUUUGAUUUAUUGUAAUAAUGACACACUAGUUAUAGUUUGCUUUCUUUUUGAUUUGAUCAACCAUGAACCCUAAUAUUUAUUUGUGAGGUCUUUUAUUUUUAAUCAAUGUUUGGUUUUUUUCAUAACUCAUAGAGAUGUUUAGAUUUUCUGGCCCAUAGCAGCUGCCAUGUUUGUUUUUAAAUGUACAAUGAUAAGAUCCCCCCCCACACACACUUGAUCUAAAUGCUUUUAAGAUCUUGUUGUGUUUUUGGUUGUUUUUUUUUCAUGAAGCGGUCUCGUACACUUCUAAAUGAUUUUAACUUGUUCCUGGCAGCGCUGCUUGAUGUCCAUUGCUCAUUAUUUGCACUGCUAAAAUUGAACACCUUCUUGAGAAAUCAUAAUAAAAACUUGUAUUUAGCAA